GUAGAUUUAGGCAACGCCGUGGCGCAUCUUUCGUCUUUCUCUUCCGACAUUUCCAUUCGAUCGAACAUACACGGCUCGUGCACGCUAUCUAGUUUGUGUUUUUUUUUGCUUAAAGUAUUAACAAAAUAUCGAAGAAAAUAUGAGCGAUAAAACCGAACAAACAAGCGAACCCACCGCGGUAAAGGAAGUCGAUAAGACCCCGACCAAGGAGGAAAAGCCGGCGGAGACCGUCGAAAACGGCGAUAAGGAGGCCGUCGAAAAGAACGGCGACUCCAAGGAGAAGGCCCCCGAAAACGGCGCUGAACAGGAAACAGAAAACGGAGACUCCGAAUCCAAAGAACCUUCGUCGGUGAAGAGGAAAUCGGUGGGAGGCGAUGUUGAAGACGCGCCCACAGAGGGGGCAACUCCUGAAAAGAAGGCCAAAUUGGAUGAAAAACCCGAGUCCGAAGUCAAAGAAACCGCCGAAGCGGAAGCUUAAAUCUAUAAACUAUCGACUUACAAUUUCGAAUUAAUUAACAAACAAACAUACAAAAAAAAUAUCCAUUCGUUUUUAUAAAUGUUAAUUAAUGUGUAAUGUUAGGGUUUAAUGACUUAUCGUCUGUAAUAAUUUUUAGGGAAGAAUCCUAACGUUAAACGUUUAAUUUUAAUUAAAUAACUGACAAUUCACUAGGUUUUUAGACAAUGCAUUUAUGUUUUUUAGUUUUUAAUCGGCACUUAAUUUGGUAGUUUUGAAAAAGGUGUUUAUAUUUCUUAAGGUGUUACUUAAAUUGUCAGGUGUGCCAACCGUUUCAGGUGGUUUUACGUGAUGUAAUUAUACUACAGAAAUAAAAUCAACUCUUGUCCCAUUCAAGAAAAGCGCCUAGCUAUUCUUUUAUCUUCGAAUAGAAUUCACUCGUUUUGCAAGACCAACAAAAAUAUUUUAAACAUCUCGAAUUAUUAAGAAUCUUAUUGUAAUUACACCACGUGAAAUCAUGAGGCUACUUUUCAGGGUACGCUUCUUGUACUUAAUGUUUCGUUUAUUUUUUUUAUCUUAACUACUAUUAAUUUUCUUUAAAAUAGUGUUGUGAAAUUAGUGUAUCAUAAAUUAACACGUGUCCUUUUAGAGUACAGUUUUAAGAUUAUGUUAAAUCGUAAGAAAAUUGUGGCGAAUCUCUUAGGAAUCGGCUCUGCCAUUUUUUUUGCCUCGAUCUCGAAAAACCACAACCACACAUUAAUAAUGGUUCUCUAACCCAGAAUGUGUUCAUAUCAAAAUGUAAAUCCGAGUUUUUUUAUACAAGUUUAUAAUGAAAACAAAACUAAUAUUUAUCCUGAGCGACAGUAUUUUUUAAUCUAAUUAAUUGAUUAAUUAGGUUUAUUGUUUUACUAUUUUUGAGUAUUAAUUUUACACAAUAGAAAGUGUUCGUGCUUGUAUGGUACAAAAUAUUUAUAUAUGUAAUAGAAAUGGCAAUAAAGAGUUACGUUUCCAGGA